AUGAAGAUUCUCUUCCUGACCAUCACUCUCGGCCUGAUCACGGCCCUGCAGGCCCAGGAUCCCCUGUUCUUCCCCUUGGAGACACAGAAUGUGAGCCUGGGGAGUGGUGGGGAGGACGAGUAUUCUGGGCCAUGCCCUUGCUGGGCUCACGGCCCCUACCCUGCUCAGAUCACGGGGACGUGGUACGUGAAGGCCAUGGUGGUUGACAAGAACCUGCCUAAGGAAAAGAGGCCCAGGAAUGUGUCUCCCAUGAGAGUUACUGUCCUGGAUGGUGGAGACUUGGAGGCCAUGUUCACCUUCAUGAAGGGGGACCAGUGCCAGGAGAAGAGAACCGUGAUACACCAAACCGAGGAGGCUGGCAAAUACAGCGCCUAUGGGGGCAAGAAGCUUGUGUACAUCCUGGAGCUGCCAGUGAAGGACCACCACAUCUUUUACUGCGAGGGCCAGCUCCAAGGGAAACCAAUUCGCAUGGGAAAACUCGUGGGUAGAAAUCCCGACAUGAACCUGGAAGCCCUGGAGGCAUUUAAGAAAUUCACACAGCGCAAGGGAUUGCCACUGGAGGACAUCUUCAUGCCCAUCCAGACGGGUAAGAGGACAACUCUGUCCAGGUUUUCUGUAUCCACUCUGCAUCCCCCUUUAUCCCCCUUGUCCCUCCCUGUGUCCCCAACAGGUUCUUCAUGUCCCUCUGUGUCCCUCAUGUCCCUCUGUGUCCCCCAUGAGCUUCCCAUCCCCUCCAUGGGGGAGACAUCAGCACCGUGACGUGUCACAGGGACGCAAGGGCCCCACUCCGGGUCUUCAAUAUUGGUGUCAGAGCUGCGACAGUGAUGGGGUCCAGCUCCUUGUUCAGGCCAUCUUCUCAUUCCUGAAUUUUCCUUGGUUUCUACAGAAAGCUGCGUUCCUGAUAGUGACUAGGGUAAGUGACCCUUGAAGCAAACAAGAUCCCUGGGUUCAAUAGAACAUCAAGAGCCACUGGGGCCCCCCAAGCUGCAGACAGGAGGAACCCUGUGUGAGCUAGGCAGAGCCUUGUCUGCUCUGAGAUCCCCUCUGGGACUUGAUCCUUACUUGGGAUAUCUGUCCCCGAGGAUCAUUCCCAGGACAUUUAGGGACUCCUUUUUCUGUCUGUGCAACUUGGGUCAAUGGGCCAGGGUCUGUCCUCCACCACACCCAUGCACCUAGUGGAAGUGGGAAACUGCCCCCCAUGCAGCAGCCCUGAGAGCAUUGCAUCUGCCCCCCACCCUGCA